UCACAAAUGAGAUUCUCAGAAUUGUCCUGAUAUAAAAAACAAAAUGUCCUAAAAUUUGUAGCCUGUAAUUGGAAGAAACUUGAUAAAGGUUUACCUAAACAUCAGCAAUUUGAAAUGUUUCUGACCAGGCCUGCUAGAGGAAAUACCACAUCAUCUUUUUCAUUCUCUCUAGAAAAUUUUAAAUGACAAAAUUAACAUAUGAAGAGACAGUCCAAAAACAUAACACCAGUUUAUGGGAAAAAUAGAGGUGGUGCAUCAGGCAGUUAAUAAAUAAAAAGUUACUUUAUUAUUUCCUGAUCUCUGUGAUGUGUGUUAAGACUUUAAAAUUUGUAAAAUGAUGUGAUUUUCCAUUCUAAAUCUCCAUUUUCAUGCUUACGUUUCACUGUAACAUCGUAUAACCUGGAUCUCCUACUGUCUGUAUUUCUCUUUGUGUUAUAAGCUACAUGAGGGCGGGGUCCUUGUGUUCUUUAUUAUUGUGUCCACACACACACACAAUGCAUUCAACGAUCAUUUGUUAAAUGAAUAUACUAAUGAAUUUAAAGUCAAUUCAACUUCUUAACGUACGUUAUCUCUCUCUUCAUUUUUGUGGCCACUGCUUGAUUCAGACCCUCACGUACCCUGAAUUCUUGAAGUCCUCUCCUAACUGGCCUCCCUGCCUGUAAUCUCAAUUCCUUCCAGUGUAUUUUCCACAGUCCUGCCACGAUAACAUUUCUAGGUGCCUAUCUGACCAUACUGGCCAAACUCCUUGGUUAGAGAGCCAGGAAAUUAGUUGCUGGUGCCCCUUGCCACAUAUUUCAUUCUCCAGUCAUGCUCUCUGCUCAAUUUUCUGGAUGCACCAAAACAGCUCACCCAUUCCUGCUUUUCUUCUUUUAUUCCAUCUCCCAUAACUCUCUUCUCUUGUUCCUUUCCCCCGUACGCUGGAAAACUCCAGCCUCUUGUUCUGCUCCAUUAUUUUUCCUCUUCCUUCUGAGCCGCUAAUUCUGCUUAAUACACUUACUUUCUAAAUACACAGCAUUUACUGUAUAUUCUAAUCGAUUCCUACACAUUAAAAAAUUUUUUCAUUUCACAUGCAAACUAGCUUUAGGUAGUUACUUGUUACGUGCCCGUGUCUCCUCCUAGACGAGUUGAGAGUAAAAAAACACCACCCACCACAACAAACCCGUUGUAUUCUUUCCCCCAGUCCCACCAUCUCCCCUUAGCUGUGUCCAUGAGACCAGAGGAAGCAGAUAGUCUCAGAAAGAAAUGGGUGGUAUCCAACUGGAGGAACUAUAAAGUCCUUCUGACCCUAAUGUUUUGCGUUUCCCAGACCGCUCGACUCCCAGAUGCCAGCAGCCACUGCGCACCAAAAUCUCCCACUACAGAACCGCCUCCCACCCAGUCCGGCUGGAUGUCUAGCUCCGAGUAUUGUAAGAAGUAGCCAUCAAGACACUACAACCUCCGCAGCUUCUAGAAAGAACCAGAAAGUUCCAGGAACAGCCAGAGUUGAGAGGCUUCCGCGAAAGGGCGCGGACGGCUGACGUACUUCCGGCCUUUGCGGCUAGUCGGUCGUUCAGGUGCUGCUAACUCCACAGGGAAUCUGGAGCUUCCCCGGAGCCGAAGGUGUAUCCUCCCAAAGAAGAUUAAAUCAGAGAAUUUUAAGUCAUUUGUUACCCCUUCACCCCAAGCUGGAGUGAGCCUUCCAAAUUAGUCCUAGAAUGGCUUCAAGAGAGGAAGAGGAUGGACUUAAGAUUGUGAAGGUGGAGGAGGACUCCACCUGGGACCAAGACAGAGAGAACAGCUUUUCUGGCCAGGAGGCCUCCCGCCAACUUUUUAGACAUUUUUGUUACCAAGAGACUCCUGGUCCCCGGGAAGCACUGAGCCGGCUCCGGGACCUCUGUUGUCGGUGGCUGAGGCCAGACACACAUACCAAGGAGCAGAUCCUGGACCUACUAGUGCUGGAGCAGUUCCUGACCAUCCUGCCUGAGGAGCUCCAGGCCUGGGUGCGGGAGCAUCGCCCAGAGAGUGGGGAGGAAGCAGUGGCUGUCGUUGAAGAUCUGGAGAGGGAGCUUAGUGAGCCAGAGAACCAGGCCCCAGAUUAUGAACAUGAACAUUCAGAAAUGCUCUCAGAGGAUGUGGUGCGUCUGAAGGCCAAGCAGGAAUCAACAGCCAUCCAACUUCACUCCAUGGUGACACAGCUCAAAUGUGAAUCAUUUGGUCCCCACAAAUUUGGAAAACAAGAUGGUGAAAUUGUUUCUGAAAGUCAGGAAUUGGCCUCAAAGCAAGAAGUCUUAAAAGAAAUGGAACAUUUUGGGAAUAGUAGACUCCAGAGAGACACUCCUCUAGAAUAUAAGUACAGAGAAACUCGUAAAUGUGAGAGCAAGGUAGAAAAGCAGGGGGGACACCCAACUGGAGAGAGACGUCACAGGUGCAAUGAAUGUGGGAAGAGCUUUACUCAGAGUUCAGUCCUUAUUCAGCACCAGAGAAUCCACACUGGGGAGAAGCCAUAUGAAUGUGAACAAUGUGGGAAGACCUUCAGCCAGAGGUCUGGUCUGAUUGAACAUCAGCGGAGCCACACUGGAGAGAAACCCUAUCAAUGUAAGGAGUGUGGGAAAGCCUUCAGUGCCAGCAAUGGCCUCAUUAGACACACAAGAAUCCACACAGGGGAAAAACCAUAUGAAUGUGAAGAGUGUGGGAAAACCUUCCGCCUGAGCUCAUACCUUGUUCAGCAUUCUCGAAUACAUACUGGAGAGAAGCACUAUCGGUGUAACGAGUGUGGUAAAGCCUUCAGUCAAAACGCGGGGCUUUUCCAGCAUCUGCGAAUCCACACCGGUGAGAAACCCUAUCAGUGCAGUCAGUGCAGCAAAAGCUUUAGUAGGCGAACGCUCCUUAUAAAACAUGAGAGAAGCCACACUGGAGAGAGACCGUAUGAGUGUGAUGAGUGUGGGAAAGCCUUCAGUCAUCACUCCAACCUCAUUAGGCAUUUUAGAAUCCAUACUGUUGCCAAACUGGACUAAUUCCAUGGACACCCUUCCCCCCACCCCAUGCCCCUAAAUGGGGCCAUCUUGGAAAGUAAGAUUUUCAAAUGGCUUAUUUUGUUCUUAUCAAACAUUUUGCCUUGGAAUGAGUAGCAUGUCUGCACAUGGGUGUCUCCUGGGUGGAUGACUGUGGGUGUAAGUAGUUGCCAGGCAGCUUUCUCCUUCCUAUCCCUUGGUUCAUUUUUAGUUAUUUCCCUUAAAGGACCCAGAUUUUACCUGGAAAUAAAUUGGUACAGAAGGUCAGUUCUUGAGUAGUACUGAAUAUUGAACAACUCUAAAAGACUAACAUCUGUGUAUACUUUAAGAUUGGAUAAGUUGGUGAGGUUUUGUUUUGUUUUCUGUAAAAGUUGCAUUUUAAACACACUUAAGGCUUAGGAGAAUAAAAAUCAUUCCUAUUCUCAUAGGGAUUAAUUUCCAUGGUCUCCCAUAGGAAUGUGGUAAAUUAUCUCCAUGGGCUUUCAUCAGAAGGGGUGGCAUACUCAUUAACUAAGCAGUAUUAUCCAUGGUGUGAAACCUAUAUUCUUGAUGGUUUAGAAAUCCAUGUCCCAUUUGAUAUCUAAGUGCAUUCCAUAUGUAAAGUUACCAUUUUUGUCAUCAAUAAUGAAUAAGAGGAUAUUUUAAAACCUUCACAAUGUGCCUUUCUUGUUAAUAGCUUUUUCUGUAGCGUUAUUCCCCAGCUACUGCCUUCUGGAGGUUAGCAGCUUUGAAUGCCACUGCAAGCAGCAGCAUGUAGGCUCUAUAAAGAAAAGGAGCCUCCAACCUCAGGCAGCUUGCUGCUUGACUAGGGAGACCACCAUGCUCAGGCCAUUGAUUGUCAGGGUUAAACCCAAGCUUUGGUACCCAACUGUCUAGGUUCAAAUUCUGCCUCUCCAUUUGUGAGCUGUGAGACAUGGGCAACUUAUUUAAAUGUUCCUGUGCUACAGUCUCCCCAUUUGUAAAAUGGGAUGAUAAGAGCUCUUUUCUCAUAGGUACGUAAGAUUAAAUUAAUUCAAACUUCAAACAGCUCUCAAUAAAUGUGCACUAUGAUUUACAUAAGAAAUAAUACUAUAAAAUGGAUGUAGGUGGAAUUGUAUUUUAAAACUAAAUAGGAUAUUAAAUGACUGCUGACAUUCUUACUAUACUUUUCUCCACAGUCAAAAUCUGAAUCAGAAUUGCAAAAAAGAGGAAGUAAAAGUUCAGCUUAGAAGUAUACUGUGCUGAGCCUGUCUUCAAACUUUAUAAGAAAAAUAGUUAAAUACAUAUGUGUAUAUAUGUAUAUGUAUAUGUAUUUGGUUUUCUUUAUAGUUUAGGGAGCAUAAGAAAAAAAACUUUAAUAUUGACCUUAAAAGUGACUAAUUUGUGAAUGGAACAAUUAGCUAAGUUCAGAUUAUGUAGAAUAAUGCUUAUCAACUUGAGAGUUUCUACAAGUCACCUGGGAUCUUAUUACAACACAGAUUCUAAUUCAAAUGGUCAGAAAGGAGCCCAGGGAUCUCCAGUGCUGCUGCUUGUACUGUGGGCUCAUGGAACACACUUUGGGUAUCAAGGCCUCAGACAGCCCUGAGUAUUGAGAUGGUCCUUCAAAUGCUAGAGGUGCCAAGCAAAUCAAAGGCCCUUCCCAUGCUUCCUCACCUACAACCUCUACAUCGUCACAUAGUCCCUAACCCUGUGGUCCCCAUGCACACCCACUGCCUGUCCACAUAGCCGUCCUCUGGGCCUCUUUCCAGCCAUCCCACACAGCUGUCCUCUGGGUCUCUGUUCUUGGCACUGCCACCACUCCAGCCUCUGCUCUGCUCUCCUGCACCCUUGCAACCACGCCAUUGUGUCGUACCCAGAGCAGUGGGUGGAGCUCCCUAUAUAGAGUCAACAGCCAUGUAUUGCCCACAGUGAGCUAGUCAACCGGGGCCAGGUGAGAAUCCUGGCCACAGGAACUCUCAUUUUAUCCACAUCUACACACAGUCUGAUCCAGUUUUAUACCAAUGCUGAGGUGUGGGGAAAAUUGAAGUUCCUAUGGCUAGGAUCCUCACCUGAACCUAAUCUACUUGAUAAUGUAACUGGCCUCCUGCUAAGCUACUGCUUCCAUACCUGUUAGCAAUAAGCUAUUACUGACUGAGUCACUAUAUAAAGAGCUCUGCCCAGUGCUCAGGGAGGAGGCAGAAACGGAGGAUUACAGACCUGCCAACUGUUGGAUGCAGACAUGACUGGAUUGCUCCACUAUCCACAGGAGAACAAGCCAGGUAACAAACCCUUUUACACCCAAGAACAUUCCACUGUCAUUCCUCAGUCUCACUGAAUCCAUAGUGAACUUGCCCAGGGCUGAAACCCAUUGGCAAGACAUGAGGUCUUCAGCCUCUUAUUCCCUGUUUUGUUUAGAUCAUCCUUACUUCAUGGACUGUGUCAAUUUUCAACUAUGGAUUUGGCACCAUUCUAUGGUUACUAUGGUCUUGCCUGCAUUUUUUUAAAUGGCACCUUCCAGGAAAAAUUACAACAAGAAAAGUCAGUUCGUUCUUUAAAUGCACAAAAUAACCAAUUCAACAAAUAGGUGAUUUCCACAUAUGACAUCCAAAUUACACAUAGAAAACGUACCACUGGAGUUCAACAUUUUUACAAGUAAACUUUAAUAUUACUUGUUGUGAUAGUAUUUGAAACUCUCAAUAAAUGUUUGAUUUAAAAAAAUAUUAAUUUCAUUGCAAACAUCAGGUUUGCUUUGAGAGGGUACAG